AUGGAAACUAUUGAUUAAUAAUAAAUUAACAUUGGCUAAGAUCAGUAACCUCGUAAAAAAGAACUUCUCUUUAGUGGAGGAGCUGGUGCUGUAGGCUAUUAAAUGGGCUACUGCUAAGGUUUAAUUGAAAUUGUUGGAAAGGAAAAAUUGAAAGAAUAUAGAGUAGGAGGAGUUUCUGCAGGAAGUGCUGUUGCCGGAUACUUCCUUUUAGCUGUCUACGACUAAGAACACUCCAUGAAAGAUUCUUAUUAUAAAUAUGCUCGUAAAAUGUUUGAGAAAAGCAAUAAAAAAUAUUUUGGAUUAUUCACUAGUUGUGAUACUGUUAGAGACUUGGCUUAUAUGUAUUGGGAUUUAGUAAUUAACAAUCCUAAUUUACCUUCUCUUAAGGAUAAUUUUCAUUUAUGUAUGACUCAUUUAUAAGGCAUAUUUUCUAUUAAGCCUCUUAUAGUUAACGAAUUUCUAAGUAGAGAGGAUUUUGGUGAAGCUGUUUCCGCAAGUUGUGCUCUUCCUUUGAUUACUACUUUUGGACCAUGCCGUAAAUUUAGAGGAAAUAGAGUUGUAGACGGGGGAUUCACACGCCCUAUCCCAUACAUUGAUGAAGACAGCGAGAAAGUAUUCUUAAACGUUCUUCCUGAUUUCUGCAAUCUAAUACAAAAAAUGCCUAAAAAUAUCAGCAUUUUGAAUAUAACAUCUAAAAGCGAUGUACUAUUCCCUCGUGAUUACUGGCUUUGGAGUGAAUAUUGGAGUGACGAAAUGUACUUAAAAGGUUACUUGGCAGCUCUAAAUGAUGUUGAUGCAAUUAAAUAAGCUUUUAAAAUUAACGAACAAUAGUGA